UUCUUUUUUUUCUGUUCGCCCACUAAAAUGUCAAAAGCGAAACUCAAAAUUCCAAAUUAUAUUAUUUAUUUCACAGUAUCUGGCCAUCGUCAUCCACGAAGAUGUUCGUAUCUGCUGGAACUGAUCUGAAAUUUUACAGUUGUCCAGUUGACGAAACGGAAUUUCAUUAUUUACCCCAAUCGACAUCGAAAAUAACAUCACUGUCAUGGUGUAGAGAUAACUCCUACCUUGUGUUUCUUUCGCAACAAGCACAGCCCGAAAUAAUUUCGCUCAAAAGCAGUCAAAACAUUAAAAAGGUUCAUACAAUCACAGCCCUAAAAGACGUUUCGUCUGUAGUAUUCCAAAAAACUACAAAAAAAUCCAUUGGGAUCGGUACCAGUAAUGGACAAAUAGCUCUGUACGAUACCAAAAACAAAGCCAUCAGCAAAUUGUACCCAUCUAUAAAUUCCAGAAUUACGUGCGUCGAUUUUGAUCAGAAGGACGAAACAAUGGCUGUUGCUGGAGCUAAUGGUACAAUCAACAUAUUGCAAUUAGCCGCGUCUAAAUUUUUGACUUUUUAUAAAACCACAGACAAUUCGGCCGCGAACAUAGUAAAGUACCAUCCAAUGUCAAAAAAUAUUUUGGCCACAGCUACCGACGGGGGUGGCAUAUGUAUAUGGGACGUUAGUGCCUCGCAAAAGUUAUUUUCUGCCCAAAUGCACACAAAACCCGUGGGUGGACUUGCUUUAGGAAGACAGAACGACUUGUUUAUAUCGGCUGGAUUUGAUAGGAAAUUUUGCGUCCACGAUUUAAACAUUAAGGAAUGCGUUUUUAGGGGUAAUCUUCGACAACCGCUCAGUGCAAUAGAUAUAUCAACGCGCGACGAUUACAUUGUCCUCGGCACGGACGAGGGGAUGAUUUAUAUUUACGAUUUUCGCUAUUUGUUACAACCCCUCAGCAACUGGAAAGCCCAUAAUGUAGCAGUAAAUAAGAUUGCUUUUGCGAACGAGGGUAAAGCCGAAUGCGACAGUAAUAAGCCCAGGUCGAGUAAAGCGGCUGUAGCGAAUAAGUCACGAAAAGAAAAUUCGGAAAAUGAAAAAACCUCCGCCACCGUCGUGGCUUACAACAAUCAAAAUAACGACAAAAAAAAUACCAAUAACAGUAACAAUAACACAGAACCGUCAAACGUUAAUCUUUUGGUAAACGACAUGAAAUUGUUAAUUAAAAACAAAACGAAAUAUAUCAAUUCUCAGAUGAAGAAGCAAUUUGAUGUAUAUAGAAAAAUAUUAUUGGACGAGUUUAAAUCGUUAGAUAAACAGAUUGAUAAUAAAUGGGAUGCAUUUGUCUUCCCUUCGUUAUCCUGCGAUCCCGUACAGCGGAAAAUUGAAGAAAAAUGUGCCACUGUUUGCAAAAAUAAUUUAAUUGAUAGUCCGAAUAAUAUCGCUGAUAAUUUCGAAAACUCCGUAGAAAAUCAGCGAACGUAAUAUAUGUAUUAAUUUAAUUUAAAAAAGAAG